AACCUAGUGUGCGUUAGUUUUGUUUAUAACCUGUCACACGGCAUCUCUCGGCAUAACACGUCAAAUCACGCACAAAAAUUCCAUCGACGUCGUCAUACACUAAAAAAUAUCAUUUUUUACCAUAAAAAAUCUAUACAAGUGUUAUACACCCCCCACAAUCAUCCCACCCACAAAAUAUCACCCUAAACAUUAAUAUUCAAUCACAAUGGACGAGAAAAAUUCCGACGUGAGCGCCAGUCAAGCACUGAAGGAAACAGCAGAGUUAAGCGACAUCAGACGCACCGCGCCCUCUGAGCGCGCCGCGCAGGACUCCGAACUAAAGAUCGAGAUCGACCAGAGCGGUAAAUACGACAACACCACCAUCGAGACAGUGUACGAGAACACCGUCCUGGAUAAAACCGUCUCAUCAGCGACAGCAUCACGCACAACUGCAAGUUCCGCGCCUGGUAAUACCUCCUCGCCGUCGCAAAUCAACAACGUCCAAGAACGUUCAUCGGUGCGUUCCGGACGCCUGAAUAAACUACGAGAUCACUCGAGUAAUAUCUUCCCGGUCGGAUGCAUGGGUUGCAGGGAGAAUGACAGCUUACCGAGUCCCAGGCGUUUGAUGGACGCAAGUGAAGCGUCCAAGGAUACAAUCGGGCAUAUUGAAAACACGCCACGCAAAGCAAGUAUGAAACCCGAGUGUAAUAUCACGCGGAAUCCGUUACUAGGCACCGGAUUCACAUCGAGGGAGAUUCUGGAUCCGGAUGUUGAUAAUAAAAUGAAUGGACCACGAGUGCCACCUGGUGGAUUCUCACAAGGCUUAUGGUAGUCAACGCAUGCGCAUGAUUCAUCGUCAUGUAAAAAAAUGAAAUUAUUGUGACAUUUCAGAGAUGUAUUUUUGGUUGCCUAAGGUAAAAUUAAACAUUUAUAUAAUG